AUGCGUGAGAAACGACGGUGGCUUGACCUGCUGGUGCGCGAGUCAGCAUUGAGUUACCAGAAAGAGGCAACCAAUAUGGCGCGUGAGACGCCAGUCCCGAUCGACGAUCGACCGUCCACAUGUCUCUACUCAUCGUCUCACGAUCGAUACGACAAGAGGGUUCCAAGUACAGGAGCUUCUGACCAGUUCUUUUUUGCGUGCAUGUUUUUCCGUGUCUUUCGAAUAGCCACGAGGAGCUUGCGACGCAGCUGUUCUCAGCAGCCAUCCGACAUGUCCGUGGCUGUCUCUUCCAAGGUCGGAUUACAAUGUGCAAAUUGUGCCUCUUGUCCCUUCCUCGUACGUUCUCAGUCGAGAGGGCGUGUCUUCUUCGCACGCGCAACAAAGUCGCUUGAGCGUCGAAUAGCCUCGUCUAGUUCCUCAAUUUGGACGUCCAGUCUACUGGCUGUGCUUUUGCACGAGCGCCACAUUGUUGACGCCCCACGGCUAGAUGGAUACCUCCUGCCAUCUGCACAUACCACGUAA